AUGCACUCUCCUCCAGCCUCAGUGACGCGGAGAUACCACGAGGAAAAUGAUCGCCGGCGAAGGGAUUAUCAUCCGCAGUCGCCGACCCAUAGUCAUCCUUACUCGCCUGGUAACGGAACACAUCCUCCUUCACCCUACCAUCAAUACUCCUCUCGACCCUCCACCUCUGCAACCAUGUCACAACAACCUCCCGCCAUUAGCCCACGUCUAGGACCUCCGCCUUCUCCCAAGACGAAUGGACCUUCACAAAACGGCUCGGCAUAUUCCCAUAGAGAUUCUGACGGCUCUACACGCUACGAUCCAUUGUCGGAACAUCGUGAAAUGCCAAGUAAGAAGCAAUCACAGUACAACACACGCUCGCCGGGUCAGACUCGAGACCCGGCCUCAUAUUCUAGCCAGUACUCAGAUCCAAAAGUUUCUCCAGUCACAUAUAACUCCCCGACCGGUCACCUCUCGCAGCGCUCGCCAACAUUACCGUCAUCCCAUGCACACCCACCCAGUAGACAUAGCUCCAUCCCACAAUCACCUGCAAGAAGCGCUCUUGGAUCCCCAAUACAUCCGCAAAGCGGCUUCAACUACACAUCGCGAAUCAACGGCUCCAUGGACCUACCAUCUUCUCAAGGAAAUAUUGAUGAAGAUGAUGGUCAGAUCCGCGCAAAGGAAGAGCCCAAGGCUACAAGGACCGCAAACCCGAUGUCUUUCUCAAGCAUUCUCUCAAGCAAUGUUCCUGAUCCCCCGAAAUCUACUCCGCGGUCUACACCUGCCUUGAAGCCGCUAAAGAGUUCUUCGCACACCCCGAACGGAGACGUCAAACCUUCACGGACAGCACCGAGAAAGUCUGGCUCAAAACGCACUGCCUCACCAAAAGGCUAUCUGGCCCCGACAAAGCACAUUGUUAAGGCCGAACCUGAACUUCUCCCUCCUGCAAAGAGCUUAGGUAGCAGCAAGCUGAAGCCUGGCUCAAUGACCUCAGACAAAGAGAACGAAAAGGUCAAGAAAGAAAUGGCAAAGAUAGAUGCAACGCCGUUGAGUCCUAUUGAGUUACCAGAAUAUGAGGCCGACAAGCAGAAGCAUGCCAAAUCUUCCCAGAAGCGACAGCGGGAUGUUGAAAAUGGCGAGGAAGUCAAGCGCAAGCGCCGUCGCACCGCUGCAUCCAGGACUGUUUCGCUCCAAUUGGGUGCCUAUGCAGAUUAUGGUAAGGAGCGAUUCAGACAAAUCAACGAAACUCAAGCCCUUGAAGAGGUCCAACGCAAAGAGGUCCAGGACGAGAAGGAGCGCAAGAAGGACAUGCAACGCAAGCGCCGACGCGAGAAGACCAUACAACAACAGACCCAAUUGCAGAAAGAGGCGCUCGAGAAAGUCAAGUUGGCUGACGAUGAAGCCGAACGGGAAAGAUUCAUGAGAGAUGCACAGAAGGCGGAGAAGAAAGCGAAAACCACCAAGAGAAUUCUAGAACGGGGUGACAUACCGGAAGAGAUUCGUGAAGUCACACCAAUGGCACCAAACCUUGAAGGUGGUACAAUGAGCACGUUCCAGAGUGCCAGCCAUCUUUCGCCUGAGCCACCCCGGAAGAAGAUCAAGGGCCCUUCUGUACGACCGAAGAAAUCAAAAGAGAAGAAGCAGGCCGAAAAGGAUGCCGCUGAGCACGGUUGGGCCUUGCAGGAGAGGGAACGGGACGACUUGGUGUUGAUAGCCCCGAAAGAAGAGAACCGAAGAGAUACUUAUCCAAGAGGAACAAAAGAGGUCCGGCCUAGAGAGAUCCCGAAGGAUGCUUCACCGGUUACGUCGACGUUGACCAAUUACGAUUCCAAAGGUUUCCAGCAGGUCUAUGAUUCAAUCUGGAAAGACAUCGCACGGAAGGAUGUACCCAAGGUUAGUAGAAUCAAGGACAAUUCACUAUCGAUAAAGCAAUCCAAUCUCCGGAAGACAGCCCAGCUGGCAGCAAAGGAGGCUCGGAGAUGGCAGCUGCGUACCAACAAAGGUACCAAAGAUGUGCAAGCGCGAGCUAAGAGAAGCAUGCGAGAGAUGAUGUCCUUCUGGAAACGCAAUGAGAGGGCGGAGCGAGACCUACGAAAGGUCGCCGAGAAGCAAGAGCAAGAGAAUGCAAAGAAGGCCGAAGCAGACCGUGAAUCCAAUCGGCAAAAGCGCAAGCUUAACUUCUUGAUCUCGCAGACGGAACUUUACUCCCAUUUUAUUGGUCGCAAGAUCAAGACCGAUGAGGUGGAGCGAUCAACAGACAGUGCAGAUGUUAGUGUGUCCAAGGAGACUGUUCAACCAGGCAAGGCAGAUGCCCAUGCAAUCACAUUGCCGGAUAGCGUAGCUCAAGUCGGCAGCAAAGUCACCAAUUUUGAGGAUCUCGACUUUGACGCCGAGGAUGAGACUGUCCUUAGACAAGCUGCAAUGGCGAAUGCGCAAAAUGCCGUUCAGGAAGCUCAAAACAAAGCUCGUGCUUUUAAUGGCGAUGAUAACAAGAUGGCACAAUUCGACGAGGGCGAGAUGAAUUUCCAGAACCCCACUGGACUAGGCGACAUUGACGUUGCUCAGCCCAAGAUGCUGAACGCCCAAUUGAAGGAAUACCAGCUCAAGGGGCUCAAUUGGCUGGUCAACCUGUACGAGCAGGGCAUCAACGGGAUUCUGGCAGAUGAGAUGGGGCUAGGGAAGACUGUGCAGUCAAUAUCGGUGAUGGCCUACCUUGCUGAGAAGCACAAUAUCUGGGGUCCCUUCCUUGUCAUUGCACCUUCGUCCACAUUGCACAAUUGGCAACAGGAGAUAACACGCUUCGUUCCCGAUCUAAAGUGUCUGCCUUACUGGGGAAAUGCGAAGGAUCGAAAGGUGCUACGAAAGUUCUGGGAUCGGAAGCACAUCACCUAUACAAAAGACUCACCAUUCCAUGUCCUCAUUACCUCUUAUCAGCUGGUUGUGCAAGACACUCAAUACUUCUCGAAAAUCCGUUGGCAGUACAUGAUUCUGGAUGAGGCUCAAGCUAUCAAGUCCUCGCAGAGUUCAAGAUGGAAGAGCUUACUGGGAUUUGCUUGCCGAAAUCGCCUACUGUUGACCGGGACGCCAAUUCAGAACAACAUGCAGGAGCUUUGGGCUCUGCUGCAUUUCAUCAUGCCCAGUCUCUUCGAUUCCCACGAUGAGUUCAGCGACUGGUUCUCCAAAGACAUUGAGAGUCACGCCCAGAGCAAUACCAAGCUCAACGAGGAUCAGCUUAAGCGACUGCACAUGAUUCUCAAGCCGUUCAUGUUACGGCGUAUCAAGAAGCACGUUCAGAAAGAGUUGGGCGACAAGAUCGAAGAAGAUGUCUUCUGCGAUCUGACGUACCGUCAACGCGCAUACUAUGGCAAUCUCCGUAAUCGGAUCAGCAUCAUGGAUCUUAUCGAAAAGGCUGCAGUUGGUGACGAUCAAGACACAGCGACAUUGAUGAACCUAGUCAUGCAGUUCAGAAAGGUUUGCAAUCAUCCUGACUUGUUCGAGAGAGCCGAUACAAAUUCACCGCUGUCAUUGGCACACUUUGCAGAAUGUGCUUCCUUCAUGAGAGAAGGCAACAACGUCAAUGUUGGCUAUUCCACAAGAAACUUGAUCGAAUACGACCUUCCGCGCCUACUUUGCAGUCCGGAAGCGAGACUUGAUGUGGCAGGCCCUAACAACUCAAAAGCCGGGUUCAGAGGCAAAUAUUUAACUGAACUGAUGAACAUCUGGACGCCUGAGAACAUCCAAAAGAGCUCAUCGGACAAUGCCACUUUCUCCUGGAUGCGGUUCGCCAACAUAUCAGCAACCGAAGCGUACAGAGCCUCCCACCAAGGUGUGGCCGAACGAGCAAUUCAGCUUGCUGGAAAAGCCUCUCGUCUUGCACGUUUCAAUGUCGUGUAUGAUGAAACUGAAGAGACUAAUCACACUCCUGCACAUGCUCUCUUCAACAUCGUGGAGCGAAACGAUCGCCGCCCGCUUUGCAGCAUCACUGCAGAGAGCCGCUUGCACAAUCUCUUCAACAUCUCGAAGAAUACGUUCGAAGAUCAGGGGUUGAACACGAUCGAACAGUGUGCUAGACCUGGGGCUUCAGCACCACCGAUCCAAAUCUCUUGUUCAGACCAGGAAGCGCGCGUCCAGAAGGAGAACACCAUCUUUAAUAUACCUUUGCGAAAGGCACUCUACGGAGUAUCGGAGAAAGACGAAGCUGCACUCAUCGAGGCCAAGGUUGAUCCAGCUAGAUACCCAGUCGCCACCCUCCUUCCACAGCCGUUGUCACAAAAAACCCGAUUCACCAACAUCCACGUGCCUUCGAUGCGGCGCUUCGUCACGGACUCCGGCAAACUUGCGAAGCUUGACCAGCUUCUUCGUCAGCUCAAGAACGGUGGCCACCGCGUCCUACUUUACUUUCAAAUGACCCGCAUGAUCGACCUCAUGGAAGAGUACCUCACCUACCGCAACUACAAAUAUCUCCGACUCGACGGCUCCACGAAACUCGAAGACCGAAGAGAUACAGUUGCCGACUUCCAGACAAAACCAGAAAUCUUCAUCUUCUUGCUUUCUACUCGCGCUGGUGGUUUGGGUAUCAACUUGACCGCCGCCGAUACCGUCAUCUUCUACGACUCAGACUGGAACCCUACUAUCGACUCUCAAGCCAUGGAUCGCGCUCAUCGUCUCGGACAGACCAAGCAAGUUACAGUCUACCGCAUGAUCACUCGUGGCACUAUCGAGGAGCGAAUCCGCAAGCGAGCCUUACAAAAGGAAGAAGUCCAGCGUGUUGUCAUCUCAGGCGGUGGCGGUGCAGGUGUAGAUUUCAAUACCCGAAGCAAAGACAAUCGGAAUAAGGAUAUCGCACUCUGGCUUGCGGAUGACGACGAAGCGGAGCUGAUUGAGAAAAAGGAACAGGAGAUCGCGGCGAAGAGCGAGGAGCAGGGGAAGAAAGGUGGGAGAAAGAAGACUGGAGGGAGGAAGAAGGAUGUCAGUUUGGAUGAUAUGUAUCAUGAGGGUGAAGGACAUUUCGACGACGGCAGCAACAAACCUUCCGGUGCCGCCACCCCCAUGGAAGUGCCAGAACCCACGGCGCCGGGGAAGAGAAAGGGCAUCAGUAAAAAGGCCAAGACGGCGAAGCAAAGACUUGCUAUCGCAGACGGCAGUGGAGCUUGA